CCUGCCAGUUUUCCACAGAGGGCAAACCACAGACUACUCUCAUCAGCAGCAUAUCAAAGUGCCAUAAAACACCAGGGCAGAGACUGUCGUGUCGGCCUGAGGACAGCAAGACAGAAUCAGCAUUUCUCAUGCCGGGAACACUGCCUCACCAGGAAGACUCUUCAGAGCAGUGAAAUAAAGCCUUGGCUUUGCUACAGUGGACAAUGGAGCCAGGAAAAAGAACAAAAAAAUGAGAUCAUGGCUAGCUGAGAGCGAGAGGUCUGAGGUCCCACUCUGGGCAGCUGGAAGUUCACAUCACUUCAGGAAACACGUGGCCUCAGACUAACCACUGAUAUCCAGCGAGCCUGGUUUAUUUCACCUGAAGACAGGGAGAGCCAGUCCACCUACUUUAUAGCCUCACUCUGAAACAAAGCCUGGUUUCCAGAAGGCAGUUACGCAUGCCCGUUGGUUGAAUGAAGGAAUGUAAGCUGCAUCAGGGCAGGCAUCAUGUCUAUGUUGAAAAACACAAAACCCGGUUCCACGCGGUGCUUUAGUGGCUAAAAGUGAAAGAGCUGCCUUGGCAGAAUUCAGCUCUAUGAAUCACUUCGGAAAAUUGGUUCGACUGAAUGGCCUUAGGAGGAAAAACGUUUUAAUAGGAUCCAGGGGAGGUUCUGCUGUUUCAAUCUGCUCCUUAAACAGGUGGAGAUUGGACCUUCUCAAUUAUACAAACAUGACUUCAUGUGAUGUCAGCUGAAUGUAAAAGACAGUGAUCUCACGCGGAGGGGAAGAUGUUUGCCAUCAAAAUGUGACAGAGGAGACACGCUGCAUGGCUCGGAACGCAUCUCCUUGGCGGUGGGGGAAAGAGACUUAGAGGAGAGAGGCUGCGCCCUGGCCCAGUCCGGCACCGCAAAGCUCGGCUCGGCGCGCCAUGGCCAGCUCGGCUUCCCUGGAGACCAUGGUGCCCCCGGCCUGCCCGCGCGCUGGAGCGUCGCCGGCCACUUCCAAGACGCUGGCCUUCUCCAUCGAGCGCAUCAUGGCUAAGACGUCGGAGCCCCGUGCGCCCUUUGAGCCCCGGCCGGGGACGCUGGAGGCAGACGGCGGCCAGGGCAAGAAAUUGCUCAACCUUUGCUCGCCGCUGCCCUGUAUGAUCCCCCUCCAGCCCCUAGGCUACGAGGUGCCGUCCAAGACGCUGCUCAGUUACUCCGAGCUCUGGAAAAGCAGCCUCCGGGCGGGCGGCGGUGGAGGAGGAGGAGGAGGAGGCGGCGGCGGCGGUGGCGGGGGGGCCCCGGUGUGCGGCGCCAGCGGCUUGUGCAAAACCAACUGUGGCGUGUGCUGCAAGGCCGAUCUGGGCCUGGCGCCGUCUGCGCUGCCGGCGGGCAGGGUCAUCAAGCCGCAGGUCAUCAACCAGGCGGUGGGGCUGCCGGCCAGCGGCUCGCUCUACUACUUCAACUACCUGGACUCUGCCGCGUACCCGCCGUCUGAGCUCCUCGGAGGCCACCUCUUCCCGUCCGGCCUCCUCAACGCACAGGCCCCCGCCGCCCUGGCUGCGCACCCCAAACUCUUUUUGCUGGAGAACGCCAAGUUGGCCGGCCUGGCCGCGGACAAGUUCCCCCACCCGGCCCCAUAUGCCCAUAAGGAGCGCUUGCCCGCGCCGCUGGAGCAAGUGCUGAAGGAGAACUCGGCCCUGACCGCCGAGCGCGGCGGCGUCAAGGGCCACGGCAAGCUGCCCGGGGGCUCUGCGGACGGCAAGCCCAAAAACUUCACCUGCGAGGUGUGCGGCAAGGUGUUUAAUGCUCACUAUAACCUCACCCGCCACAUGCCGGUCCACACCGGAGCCAGACCGUUCGUGUGCAAAGUCUGCGGCAAAGGCUUCCGCCAGGCCAGCACGCUCUGCAGACACAAAAUUAUCCAUACCCAGGAAAAGCCGCAUAAAUGCAACCAGUGCGGCAAAGCCUUCAACCGCAGUUCCACGCUCAACACGCACAUCCGCAUCCACGCGGGCUACAAGCCCUUCGUCUGCGAGUUUUGCGGCAAAGGCUUUCACCAAAAAGGGAACUACAAGAAUCACAAGCUGACCCACAGCGGCGAGAAGCAGUACAAGUGCACCAUCUGCAACAAGGCCUUCCACCAGGUCUACAACCUGACCUUCCACAUGCACACCCACAACGACAAGAAGCCUUUCACAUGCGCCACUUGCGGCAAAGGGUUUUGCAGAAACUUUGACUUAAAGAAACAUGUGCGCAAACUCCACGAUAGCGUGGGGCCUGCCGCCCCCUCCACAAAGGACCUGACUCGGACAGUGCAGAGCUGAGAGCUGCUGCCUCGCCCUCCCUUCCAGCCCCAUCCAGCCCCCAAACAGAUCACACGUAUAAACUUAUUUCUAAAAUUAAAAGAAAAUAAAAACUAUAGCAGAGAGGCUAAAAUCUAUUUAUCGAAACCAGCAUAUUUUUUGGAAAGCUAAACGUUUCCUCGAUGACUGGCAGCAAACGCGUGGCUCCCACCUUUGUGUAUUCGGGAAACUUAUUUAAACCCAGUGCGCUGAAACGUAUUUCCUUCCAGGCCUCCGCUUCUCCUCCGGCCGCGGGUUUUCACCCCAGCCUGUCACGUGAACGCCCCGGAAGAGCGCGGCGCCCCCAGCCAUCUUUAUACAGCCAUGUAAAUCCUCCUGUACAAGCGAACUCGGAAUAUAUACAUAUCUAACUCAAUAAACAGAAUCACUA